UCAGAAAAGGAAAAGCUGAGAGAAAGCAAAGGAAAAAACCAAAAAGAAAAGAAAAAUGGGAAUGGCAGCAACAUGUUCAAUUCCAAUUCCCCAAAACAUUUUCAGAGACCGUUUCAACUCAGCGAAACGCCACUACAGCCUCACCCAGCAACGUUUCUACUCACCAUCUCGUGUCUUUUGCUCUGUUACUAGAAAUGGUCCGGAGGAGGUGAAGGAGAAUUCGUCUCAUGUGAACCAACUCAAGAAUGUGGCUUGUGGGAUUCUGGCUGUUUGGGCAGUGAGCACUGCCUCCCCAGUUGUUGCUGCUAACCAGAGAUUGCCACCAUUGUCGACAGAGGCGAAUCGAUGCGAACGAGCCUUUGUUGGAAACACGAUUGGUCAGGCCAAUGGUGUGUAUGACAAGCCGCUUGAUCUUCGCUUUUGUGAUUUUACGAAUGACAAAUCCAACUUGAAAGGCAAAACCCUUUCGGCUGCGCUCAUGUCCGAUGCCAAAUUCGAUGGCGCAGACAUGACUGAAGUGGUGAUGUCCAAGGCUUAUGCAGUAGGAGCUAGCUUCAAGGGUGUUGAUUUUACGAAUGCGGUGUUGGAUCGGGUUAAUUUCGGGAAAGCUGAUCUGCAAGGAGCUUCAUUCAAGAACUCAGUAUUAUCAGGCUCAACAUUUGAUGAUGCAAAGUUGGAAGGUGUAAUAUUUGAGGACACCAUUAUAGGGUACAUUGAUCUUCAGAAGCUUUGUAGAAAUGACAGCAUCAGUGAGGAAGGAAGAGCUGAGUUGGGAUGCCGGUGACCAUUCUUUUUUUCAUUGCCCUAAACAACAUCACUAUAUGUAUCCAGGUAUCUUCUUUUUAAGUAUUCAAAUGAAAAAAGAGAAGGCUGAGUGAGUGAGGGAGUGAGGCUCAUGAUGUUCUUAAUAAUAGUUUUGAUUAUGUAAAGUCAAUUUGUGUUUGGUUCGCUUAUAUAUGUAAAGUCAAUUUGUGUCCUUUUUGUUUUGUGAAUUUUGAGUGACAAAAUAGCAAGAGGAAUGAAAUUUACAAUUUAUUAUUAA